AACUAUUAACUCCUCAACUCCAACAUAGCCCCGGGACACCUCACUCGACCUACACUCAUCCCGAGCGAGGCUUCACACUACCCGCAGCGGAACGCCUCGAACGCCCUGCCCGAGCUCCACCGGCGCGAGUGGGGGCCCUGACGUCAGCAGCCGAAGCAACCUCGGACGUUGGUGCGCUGAGGACGGGAGACGACUCCAGGACUCGGUCGAGCCAGCUCGCUAGGCACUGGCUCCCCUUCACCACCUAACGAGUCCUCCACCUGACGAGGUUGCUGCCGCGUUACGCCCGGCCCGGCACUGCCCUCCAUCACUCAGCCGUAGCACCGCCGCGGUCUAUCCGGGGAAGACACUGUUGGCCCCGAGACCGAAUACCCGGGCCGCCCUUGCUGGCCUUACCACGCCGGCCUGCCUACCUGUCUUCCGUGGGCUGUAUGAGCGGCCUCGCUACGCCGGCCGUCCUACCUGUCUCCCGUGGGCUGUGUGAGCGGCCUUACCACAUCGGCCGUCCUACCUGUCUCCCGUGGGGCUGUGCGAGCUGAAGUGCAUAUUAAAGACGGAGUUAACAUCUUGUGUAUCGCUUCUCCUGACUACACUGUGAAAGGGGGGGGAGCAAAACACCUGGCUCAGAAGGAGAACUGUUAGCCCGGAACAGUCUUGGGCCCCUGCAGUUUCGAGUCCUUCACAAGUGGCGACCUCGCCAGGAUUCCCCCUCCCCUCAUCGCUGGUCAGGAGACCAUCGCUACCAGCCAGUCACCACCGACGGUCAGGAUUAACCUACCGGCACUUGCUGUUCAGGGCGAAAGUGAGUGUUUGGCGAUUGGAUUGUGCUGAGGUCCAUUCCACCGCCCAGGCCAGGUGCGUCUUAAGAGACUCUGGUCCGGAUCUCACGGAAGUCAGGUGCGAGUUCAUCUCCUCUGAUAUAGUGUCUCCCGUUCCCGGAUACGUGCUGUGUUCGUGGUGUUUCACACGGGGGUAAGGUUAUGGGUAUUUUCAUGUGCGUUUGUGCACAGUGUUGUUACUUUCACCCCACUCGUGCCACUUGUGGGCGUCAGGCCGUGUGCGCCUCUUUAGUGUCAAUUGGAAGUUAAGUCUUCCGCGGUUUUUUGUCGUCUAUUUGCUUUGGGUCUGGUUUCUUCAUCGCCUAGGGUUUUGUUAGAUUCAGUGUUCGGAUUUUGUGUUUAAUCUGUGUAUCUUUCUAUUUUGUUUCCCAUUCGGCAUGUCUUCCAUCCAGGAACUAGUUAAGCUCGGUCGCGAGCUUGGGUACGACGGCGACGAGUUGAAAUCCUUUGUGUCCGAUGAGCAGGCACGCCUUCGGGACGAACGCGAGUUGGAGAGACGAAACAGAAAAGAAAAGGAGGAACGGGAACGCGAGGAACGUGAACGUGAACGGGAACGCGAGGAACGUGAACGGGAACGCGAGGACCGUGAACGGGAGAGAGAGCAUGCUCUCGCCCUCGAACGGCUGAAGCUCCAAGUUGCUGGCGGUUCGGCGGCCUUAGGCGUCCCUAGUGUCGACUUUGCUGCUCGUCCCAAGUUACCAUCUUAUCGCGAAGGUGAGGACAUUGCCUCUUAUUUUACCCGGUUUGAGCGAGUUGCUACCCUCCUCAACAUUGCUAAGAGCAGUUAUGCAGUCCACUUGGGAAGCCUACUCACAGGUAAGCUGGCUGAAUUCUAUACCACCUUGUCGGAAGAGGUCACAGGCGACUACAGUCAGCUAAAAGAAGCCAUUCUGAAGCACUCCCAUAGGACGAGUGAUCACUACCGCACCGCCUUCCGCUCAGCCAAGAUCAACGUUGGUGACACGUUCCAGCAAUUCUCCACCCAUUUGACUCGCCUUUUCGACCACUGGCUCAGCGCGAGCGAGGUAGACCACUCUUUGCUUCGCUGA